UACUUCUAGAACGUUUUUGUUUUAUUUUUUGUUUUAGUGCUAAUCUGAAAAAUAUAUUUUCUUAGUAAAUCAUCGUAAUUAGUAUAUUUGCAUUUCAAGUGUUCCAAAUUUUAAUAGACAAGAAGUAAUAAUUUUAAGUUCAAUCCAACAACACAAUAUAAAUACAAGAACUGCAAAACUUCAAAGAACAAUUUCUAAACCAAAAAUUUAUCAUUUAAACAAAUACAAGGAAAUAUUUAAAUUUUGCUUUCCGAAUUUAAAAAGGGCUGACAAUUUUUAAAUAACAAAAAAUAUUUUUAAAAGGGAAAAUAAAUUUUGUUAAAAAGCAAAAUGGUCGCAUCAACAACAUCGUCGUCGUCGACGCCUUCAACAUCUGCUACAAAAACUGCAAUUACAGCGAACGGUGUUGAUUCAACCAAUGGAGCUGUACCCAAAUGCAAUAUCGAACAGAUGACUUUAAAAACACUUCCAAAAGGAAAAUAUACCUUAGUGGGUAUUGAUAUUGAUACAACCGGACGCAGAUUAAUUGAUGAGAUUGUUCAGUUAGCUGCUUUUACUCCAAACGAUCAUUUUGAACAGUAUAUAAUGCCAUAUAUGAAUUUAAAUCCGGCUGCUCGCCAACGGCACCAAGUGCGUGUGAUCUCAAUUGGUUUCUAUCGUAUGCUUAAAUCGACGCAAACUUAUAAGAUUAUAAAAUCAAAAUCAGAAAUUGCUGCCCUUAAAGAUUUCUUAGAUUGGAUUGAGGCUCUUAAGGCCAAAGAUGCCAGUUCACAAGGUAUUAUUUUAGUGUAUCAUGAAGAGCGCAAAUUCAUUCCGUACAUGGUUUUGGAAUCACUUAAAAAAUACAACCUGCUGGACAGGUUUCUAAAUACUGUAAAAUCGUUUGCCAAUGGUCUCAACUUGGCUAAGUCUAACGCAGAUGAAGCAUUGCAAGAGUAUACACUUCGCAAACUUUCGAAACAUUUGAAAGAUAAUUGCAAUAACGUUAAUAUUGAACAGAAUAAUAAUAAUGUCUCAGCUUCGUCUACCACCACGACAUCGGAAGUUGCCGAAUCAGCAUCGCCUUUGGCAGAGGAACAAUUGUCAGAAAAGAAAAAAUCACCCAAAGCUAGUCCCAACCCCAACAACGAGCGUGAACUAUUCGAUGGCAAUGCAAGUGUUCGUGCCAAACUUGCAUAUGAAGUCGCUUUGCAUUUGAGUAAUCAAGGCUCGAAGGAGUCGCUCGACACAUCAUAUGCUUUCGAUAAAAUGCUCACCGCAUUGCAACCCUAUGCCCAACCCAUUGAGUGCGAUCUAAAUGAAUUACAAACACAAAAUGAAAAUUUGGAACGUCAGAAUUCUUUCCGUCCAGUUUUUUUGAAUUACUUCAAGACAACUCUGUAUCAUCGCGUGCGAGCUGUUAAAUUUCGUAUUAUUUUAGCCGAACACGCUUAUGAUUUGCAAACCCUCAAUUCUAUAUGGUCAGAGAAGAAACGGGAUGGUCUUGUUGAGAUUUUACAAGUCAUUGACGAACUAAAAUCUGAAGAAAAAACCGAAUUGGCCGAUUUGUUCGAUAGUUAUUUUGAUCCAGCCAAAAGAACUAUUCGACCGAUUGUAAAGACUAACAACAAUCGUCGUCGUAAUAGACGUGUGCGUAACAAUGUGAGAAACAAUGAUGGAAGUGUAGCUCGCUCUGUAGGCAAUGAGCAAGGCGCUGGUGGAGAUAAACAGCAAGGAGGCAAUAAUGCCGUCAAUAUGCCUGACUCAACUACCAAGUCGCCAAGAAAUCAACGUGGAAAGCGUCAUUCACGUUCAUACAACAAUAAAAACUUGUUGAAAACACAAACACCGGUAGCAGAUGAUACAACUGCUGUCGCAAAUCAAACUAACAACGCAACUUCAGCUGCGGUAACUGUAUCGGUGUCUAACUAAUGACUCCUCAAACAAUAAAAAUAAUUGAAAAAUUAAAAAUUUACAAUAUUACUUUAAUGCCAUGCCCAAAUGUUGCUGCAACAUAAAAAUGUUAUUAUAUUAUUCAUUACUUACUACUACAACUAUUUUUUAACCCAAAUAUCAUCCAAUGUUUUUAGCUGUAAAAUAGAUUUUCUCUUGUUUUGUUAAAACUUUUUUAAAUCUUUUUUUCUUUUUCCAUUAUUUUUUUUUUUAUUUUAUAAAUAAAUACGUUAUUAUGAAUUACAUCGAUUGAAUACAAAACUAAAUAUAAAAAUAUGUACGUAUUAUAUAUUCAUAAUAACAAAUAUGUAAUGUUUGUAAAGAAGUACAUACAAAGCUGACAUUUGUGUUAAAUACUAUAUUUUAAUAGAAUGUUAAAAACAUUCUUUAAACACUUAUUUAAACUUUCUUUAAACACUUAUUUAAACUUUCUUUGAACGAAAUGAAAUAUUUCAAUUACAAACUGGUAUAUUCGUCCAUUUAAAGAAUUAAUUUUGUUCCAUUGUUCAAUUUUUGUUUUAUUAUUUUCAGAAACACACAUGAAAUAAAAAUAACCAAAACACAAAAGAAUAUUGGGAUUUGCAAACAAAUGAAUUUGGUCUUGAAAUCAUUAAGUAUUUAAAAAAUACGAAUACAAUUACAACAAAUCCUAAUAUUUGUUUCUUUUUUGGACCAAAACCAUUAAUAAAUUAUUAUUAUAUUCUUAAAUUUGUUAUAUUACUGUACCUCCUUAAUAGUUUAUACUAAAAAAUUGUAUUUUUGAAUUUUAUCAAAUAAAUAAUAAUUAAAAAACAAAACAAA